AUGACACUGCCUGCAUCGCGGACCCGGAAGCUCAAUCUUGACAACCAAUUGCACCUGCCGAAGUCACUCCCGCCACCAGCAUCUGAACAGAACCGGACAGUGUAUAUUUUCCAGGAUGGAGAAACCCAUUUCGCAGGGGAGGGGGAAAAAUCCGUUUCACACUUGCUCGAGCAAUACUGGCCUAGUUAUGUUAUCUAUCAUAUGUCACGUCCCCUCUGCGAAGGAGAAGUAUGGGAGAAGAUUAGGCCAAAGAAACCUUUCAACCCCAAAGAGUGCCUGGAUCCAGACCGACUCAUUGUCAUUGUGCACGCCGAUGAUCUUCGAGCAGAGGGCAUUGAAUUAUUCUACAGUUCCUCUUGGGAAAAAACCUGCGAAGACUUUGUAAGGAAUUUAGGGGCAAUAGGGCGAAUGGUGACCCUAGCGACAUGCCCAAAUCUGAUUGUCGUAUUCGGGUGCGAUGGGAUCAUCUACCAUCGCGGUCUGGAUGUUUUGAAACCAAUCUUAAUUUUUGAUCCAAGCAGGACCGAAGGCGAGUUCUAUCAACAGAACCUACAGUACGUCCCAGGAGUCAUGGAGGCUUUUGUCGCAGGCUUUGCAAAAUCCCUAGUACAGUCAGACAUAGCUGAUUAUGAGGAUUGUAUCGCCAAAGGAUUUCAGACAGCUAGAAACCUUGCACGCAAUGGGAUUUCAGUGAAUGAAGCAAAUUCGUCGAUAUACGAUGCUUCCAAAAUCAUGGAACUCCCUAGUAACGGCGAAGAUCCUCUGAUAAGACUUGAGAUUCCAUCGGACGACAUAGGCAAGGGUGAUGAGAGUUGGUCCCUGCUCGAUUCCAUCAUCGCGGAUUCGGGUGAAAUAGCACGUAGGAUUGUCUUGGAUGGGAUUUCCAGCGUCAAUGUACCCUCGAAGCGCUUCAACCGCCUUGUCCUCUUUGAUAGAAAGGAGAUUCACCUCUUUCAGAUUUUGAAAACAUGCUUUGAAGAGUACCUUGCAGUACCUCAAACCAAACCGCUGAGUAUGGCUCUCUUUGGGCCUCGAGGAUCUGGGAAGGCACACGCGGCACUUCAACUGGUAGAAACAGCAGCCAGAGGUAGAAAGAUCAGACAGCUCAUAUUCGAUCUCUCCGAAUUCAAUAAACUGGGAGAUCUAGUGGAAGCAUUCCAUCAAAUCCGCGAUUGCACCCUUGAGGGUUGCAUUCCUUUUGCCUUCUUCAAAAACUUCGACGUUCAUUUCGAUGGGUCACCGUUCGGUUGGCUACCGCACCUCCUUCCUGCAAUGGCGAGAGGCAGAUUCUAUGAUAGAUCAAUUAGCAGACCCAUCGGCACAGCUCUCCUGUUCUUUAGCACUUCGAUUUCAAGAAGCUUCACGAGCUUCCAAUAUCAUGGCGACCCUAACAUACACGAGGGAACAGCACGUAACGUGCGAGAAUUUAUCGGAUACCUACAAGGAUUCGUUGACAUGGCUGGAUUUAAUCGUACUGGGCUCGGCGACAAAUUGUAUCCAUUCCGGCGAGCCGUUGUCCUACGAACCCUACUUGAGGAACGCCAACCCAAGCUUAAAACAGGAUGCAGAAUCAAUGUCGACGAAGACGUUCUGAGUGGUCUUCUUUUGGUGCCGGAAUAUACCCAAGGGAUUCGAUCACUCACAUCUAUCCUGUCCAUGAGCCGUUUGAAUGAUGCAAAGAAUUUCCCAAGCUCAGCAUUACCCUCCGAAACCCAGCUUCGGCUACAUGUCGAUUACGCAGAGUUCAGGAAGGCUAUGAGCGGAAGACUUCUCCCUCUUGAGGUCCGAGAAUUAUUAGCCGAGCGAUUGAAUGAGACCUAUGCCAAACACAUACGCGAAAGAGAGCGCGGCAAGCUGCCGAUCAAUGUUACGAAGACCGACAAGGAAAUAGACAUGGCAAACUACCUAGAACCGUGGGACAAAUUAAGCGAAGCCUUCAAAGACUCCAACAGAGAUCAUGCAGAUGCCAUAAAAACUACAAUACGCAUAAUCUCGUGUUUUUUGGCCGAAAAGAAAGAAGGUAGAAAUCCGGUAACGAACUUCACGGACUCCGAGAUUGAAGCUAUGGCUAUGCAUGAGAAGGACCGAUGGAAUUCUGAGCGGCUCCAAAGGCAAUGGAAAACCGGACGUAGGAGUGGAAAAGAUAAGACGACCCCAUACCUGGUUCCAUGGAAGGAUUUGGACGAAGAAACAAAAGAGAUCGAUCGUGCCAUGGUCAGAUCGUAUCUAUCAAUACUUCCGCAGAACUAUGCUAUCUAUCGGAUGGAGUCAAAGGUCUAG